CAUCAUCAUUAUCAUCAUCCUCUUCUUCUUUCUUUCAUUUCUUCAAUUCACAACAACAACAACAAAUCUUCAAAAUCAGUUCAAAAAAAGAAUCACCAAAACCAAAAUUCGAAACCCUAGAACCAUUCCAAUUCAUCAAAACCACGAUCCAUUUCCGCGAAUUCAGUAAUCAACCACCUCUGAUUUCGAAUUUUCACGUUUUCGGAUUUUUAGGGUUUUCGAUUUUCCGGCAAUGGCGGCGCAAAUGACGGGAAGGAGUAGUAGCAGCAGUAGGAUUGUAGGAGAUUAUGUAGUUGGGAAGCAAAUUGGAGCGGGUUCGUUUUCAGUUGUGUGGCAUGCGAGACACAAAGUUCAUGGAACUGAAGUUGCUAUUAAAGAGAUCGCUACGUUAAGAUUGAAUAAGAAGUUGCAAGAGAGUCUUAUGUCUGAGAUUUUUAUUCUUAAGAGAAUUAAUCAUCCUAAUAUCAUUUCUUUGCAUGAUAUCAUUCAGGCUCCUGGGAAGAUACAUCUUGUGUUAGAAUACUGUAAAGGGGGUGAUCUUUCUUUGUACAUUCAACGCCAUGGAAGGGUACCGGAGGCAACGGCAAAGCAUUUUAUGCUUCAGCUGGCUGCUGGCCUACAAGUUCUUCGGGAUAAUAACCUUAUUCAUCGAGAUUUGAAACCACAGAAUCUUCUUCUCUCCAGAAAUGAUGAGAAGGCAGUUCUGAAGAUCGCUGACUUUGGAUUUGCAAGAUCUCUGCAACCGAGGGGCCUUGCAGAAACAUUAUGUGGUUCACCACUCUACAUGGCUCCAGAAAUCAUGCAACUGCAGAAAUAUGAUGCGAAGGCAGAUCUCUGGAGUGUUGGAGCAAUCUUAUAUCAGUUUGUUACAGGGAAAACACCUUUUACUGGAAACAAUCAAAUACAGUUACUACAGAAUAUUGUGAAUUCAACAGAAUUGCAAUUUCCACCGGAUAGCCCAAGUUUAAGUUCUGAGUGCAAAGAUUUGUGUCAGAAAUUACUACGCCGUAAUCCAGUGGAACGUCUAACUUUUGAAGAAUUCUUUAACCACCCAUUCCUUAAUCCACAGCAAACAAAACAGGAUGAACCAUUAUUAAGGAAUAAAAGCUCUCCAAGGCCGGUAAGUGGGUUCUGUUCACCAAAGACUGACCCUUUGAGAAGAACCGAGGAAAAUUAUCAAGAGGAUUGCUUACCUUUCAUUCUAGAUGAUGAUUCCAGCAGACCUGCAGGGAAUACAUUGUUUUCAAAGAAGAAGUCCUCAAUAAAGUCUACCUUUGGAUUUGAUUUAAAUACAAAAUUAGAGAAAGCAGAGUCAACUCCUGUUUCUAAUAAUGUAAAUUCUGCUUCCAGAUAUAGUAGUGUAACACAGAGACUUGAAAACACUUUUAAAAGAUUGGACAACCAUAAAAUUUCAGGAAGAAAUCUCACUAGUUCUCUAGAAUCUCCAGAACAGAUAUUUGCAAACCCUUAUCCAAGAGUUACAGAUUCACUUGAGAAUAUUGAUCAAGAAUAUGUUCUCGUGUCUGGGCCCCCUAUGGAUGUUUCAUCUUCAGUGAAUGCUUCAAAGCCCAGCCAUUCCUUAUUUAGGUCAGGUAGCUUUCCUCAAGAGUCUUCUAAUACAAUCACUAGAAUAAGUGCUCCAAUGCAAAUCGUUGGUGCAUCUACCAAUAGCAUGUGCCAAAUUGGAAGUUCAGGUAGUCAGGACUCUGCUCCUGGGACCUCACAUGGAUCAAUGGAUACAGGUGAUGAACAGCCAUCAACUCACUGCAUGACAAGGGUAAAAUCAUUGCAAGAGUAUGCAUCUGCCAUCACAGAAUUAGUUAAUGAAAAGGUUGAGGCAAGAAAGCAGUUAGAAGCAUUUUCUAUUCAGCUUGUAAUUCUUGCGAUUUGGAAGCAAGCACUGCACAUAUGCCAUACACAGGCUGCUUCAGCCAUGGAAGGAAGUCCAAGUCAAGAAGCUUCAAGAUAUAGGAGGACCAACAGUAAGAAGCAAGGCAGUCCUGAUUCAGAAGAAUGUCUUGAUGAAAACACCCAAGGGACGAAGGAUUUAUUAUCUCAAAUUGAAAGUGAUUUUUUGAGGGAAUUUGAGCAUGCCGAAGAACUUGCCAAGACCAUUGAGCCUGGAAAUACAGAGAUGCCAGAUGCAAUGGAGACAAUAUUUCAAGCUGCCCUUGCUUUUGGGAGACAUGGGGGAGUAGAAGAGCUCAUGGGUGAUACAGAAAGUGCUGCUGCAUUAUAUUCAAAAGCCGUCCGUCUAUUGGUUUUCCUUCUAGUGGAAGGACCAUCUCUGAUCCUCAACCCUCCAUUUUCAUUAACAAACUCAGACCGUUACAGGCUACGGAAUUACAUUGAUAUUCUUAAUAACAGACAGGGUUAUUCAAGGUCUCAGAGAAUGACACUUCUCAAGGGCGAUGAUAGUCAAGGCAUCUUUAAGGAAAAGUUUUAGAGCUUUAGCGGUGUUUCUUUGUUUACCAUUUCACACGUUAAAAUCAAUUAUUUGUACAGUUAUUCUUUGAUGGAGGGGAAAUUGGGGAUGCUGAUGGAAAUUAACCAGCAUGGCACAGUUGUAAAUUUCAACAUUUCUGUGACUAGAAUGAUCUAAUGUCCAUUCCAUUAUUCAUGCUUUUUCAUGUCGCAAAAUUGUUCUGAUGGGUAGGUUUGUAAGAUGUUUGAAUUGAAGUUGAGAGAAAAAAAUGGAGGUAUUCUUCCCUCCUUAAAAUCA